AUGCCACCGGUUGCAUCGCCUCCCUUGGUCCCGAUGUCUUCGAGCUACAGUUAUUUCUCUGGAACGUCAGGCAGUGGCUCCUAUACAACUUCUCUCGGCAGUGAAUCGGAUUCUUGGUCUCGACAUAGUGGCCCCAUACCCCAACACCCCCAAGUCUACGCAAAUUCCGGCGACGCUUCUGUGGCUUAUCACCCAAGCUCAAAGAGACUAUCCCCUCCACAUCGCGACUGUGGCCCUAUAGACACUUCAGUUGCCGCAUCGAGGCCUGCGAAGCAAGUCUCACCCGACUUCGAAUUCCCAACUCCAUACAAUGGCCUCCCGAUGACGUCGCAUGCGCCGGGCAAUAUAUCCAUCACUCCCGCCGGACCAUUUUCCCGUCCCCCUUCCCUCUACCGAGAGUGGAAGCACCCGGCUUGUCUCCCACCAGAGGCUCUCCAGCGGGAGACCGAACUGGUCAGACCGGUGGAGAAUGCGGAUUAUUUGGUAGAGCGACCCAGUCGGCGGACCGCUUCUAAGGGCAGUGCACGAUACCACUCGCAAAGACGCCCGUCGAACCGGGAUGAAUUUGAUGGCCCCCAUCAGUACCUGGAGAUGCCGUCUCAGCGCAUGAUAUUGGCGCAGGCAAGGGAUCUGCCUCAUCUUCCUACUAAUCUCGAUAUCUCAGAGCAAGAUCAAAUUCUAUCGACAGUGAAUGACCGCCUGUCGCAGUGCGCAUUUGACUUUGUCGCGAAGUAUCAGUUUCCGAUUCCACUGGAACCGGACAAGAGACAGGUGAGGGUUCCCUCAGACCGUGAGUGGACUGAAUGGGUAUAUCUCUUGAAAAGGCUGGCCACCAAGCGCCGCAUCCCUGCCAGGGUCUUGUAUAACGGCCAGAUCAAGCAGCUCGUCACCGUGCUGGAGAACUCCCUGGAGAUGAGGCACGCUGCCAAACAUCAGUCCAGACCCAUCAAGGAUGAUCGGAAUGUGCUGCAGCUGAUUUCCGCUGGCACCCAGGUGGCCAAAAUCCUCAAGGAUGCCAAUACCAUGGACUCCCUUGAUCGUCUUUAUGUUGAAACCGAGAAGCGCAUCCAGGACCGACGUAACCGCCGUGUGAAGUUUGCCAGCCCUUGA